AGUUACCAAACAGUGUCUAAACAGUGUCUAGUAAUGCCCUUAUUGCAUUGUGAGCGGCUUCAUUCUGUUUGAGAGGAUCUUGCUUGUAUAUUAACAUUAUUUUGUGAUUAGGAACAUGCCUAGAGCGAGGAGAACUUCGUUCACGUCAAGUUUAGACGUGAAUUCCUUUUCUACCGAUGUUUACACUUUGGAGAAGACCGGGCGGGAGGUUGCCCGAGGCCGGUGGAUCACAGUCGAACCUCUGCUGAUUCUCUCCAACAUGGCUAGCGCCGGUCUCCUGGUGACGAGGUUGCAGUACCUCCGCGCCCGCAUCGCGCAUGAUAAAUUCAACCAGACUUCUGAUUAUGGCGCUAACGAGUCAUCGGAAUGCGACGCAGCCAUCCAGAAUAGCAGUAGUAUUCAACUGCAGCAGGCGAUUCAAGUCGAGUUAUCGCUUUAUUCGCUGAUCUUGAACGCACUUAGUACUUUUCCCGCCAUUUUCUCGACGAUACUCCUUGGAUCACUCAGCGAUCGCAUUGGACGGAGGAUCGGUCUCGUCGUGCCGAUCAUUGGUCUGGUCAUUCAGUGCGCGCUUUACGUCACCAUCUUCUACGCGCAUCUACCAAUAUGGGUGUGUUUUGUUGCUGAUACGUUACAGGGCCUUGCAGGUGGAUAUGGACUUUUGCUCAGUACAGCAUCAGCAUACAUCGCUGACGUCACUAGUGUGGAGCAGCGAACAUGGCGUCUCGUCAUUGCGGAGGCGGCGCUUGUUCUAGGCUCCGGAGUUAUCCAGCCAAUCAACGGCUUCAUUAUACAAUACUGCGGUAUAGGCGUGGCCUUCUGCACUUCACUAGGCGUGGCGUUGCCAGGGUUACUUUAUGCUGUUUGUCCAUUGACCACGCCCGAAACGGUAGAGGAAGAUACAGAGGAAACUUUGGGUGAAUACAUCAAAGAUAUCUUUCGCGGGAUUUACCGCUUGCUUUCCAUCAACGUCAACGGCAGACGUUGGAAGAUCGCUUUCCUCUUUAUCGCCGAACUCUUCUUGAAUACCGUGAUCAACGGGCUUCAGAUCGUCCCCACCUAUGGGCUCGGUCCACCGUUCUGCUGGGGCCCGAGUAUUGUGGGCUAUUUUACCGCCGCUGUGGCUAUCUUACCCGUCAUCGGUGUAACAGUAGCUGUGAAACUGUUCGGAAUUUGUAUGGAUGAUUUGUGGAUGAUCUUUUGCGGAACGCUGGCCAUGGCAGCCUCCUGCGUGGCGACAGGUGUAGCGCCCUCUACGCCGUAUCUAUUCAUAGCACUGGUUCCAUACAGCAUAGGAUGUCUCAUCUCGCCUGUUAUGAAAGGAGUCCUUUCUAAACUCGUGGAUGAGCACGAACAGGGGUCUGUCUUUGCUCUGGCUGGUUGUAUGGUGAAUAUAUCUCAGUUCGUUGGACCGGUUCUGGCAAACGCCCUUUACGCUUCAACAGUGUCAUUCUUUUCGCCUCUAGCAUUUUACGUUUUGGCUGGACUAUUGAUUUUUCCUACAAUUCUGAACGGGAUUGUUCAAAGUUAUGGCACGGAAACUCACCUAGGCUACACGCAAAUACCAGGUGAUGACGAUGGUUGAUAAACAGAGACAGCGUUCAAUUCGGAUGGCAUCCACUGGUUUCCAUAGUAAUCAGGAGCAUCAUCAGCAUCAUCGAUGUCAAAACAGAGCUCAUCAAUUUGUGUCAAUUUAGUGCAUCCAUCUCGGCCUCCAUGUUGGUUUUUGGAUGGAUUCCCUAAUCUCUUGGAGAAGAGUUUUGUGGAUACAUCAUUUAUCAAAAAUUACGUUUACAUCUUAUUGUAUAAUGUAGCUCCGGUAGUCACGGUGAAAGUUGCCCGAUGCGCUCCAAUAUUAGUCGGCUCCAGCUAGGCUACUGAUUUUGGUACUCAAUUCAACACCUUAGGUGGAGAGAGCAGUUCAAAGGCUAGGCAAAGUUAAAGGACCCUAGUGACGCGUGGGGGCUCGAACCCAAGACAUUCGUCGCACCUCCUGUAUAUAAACCACUCGACUACGACGCAAUAUAUCAAGAAA